GGACGGGCGGGCGGGUGGUGAGCAAGCGCACACGCUGCCUUAGUGCUUCCUCCAAGUUGAUAAGAAUGGUGGGCGAAACGCGCCUGAUUGUUUUAGGUUAGAUAAAGUGACUCCGAAAGCUUCACACAAGUUCGCAAGGUUGGCCAGAAUUUCAUUGGAGAUACUGGCCUGCGCUUCUCAGACGAAACCAUUACUGGAAUGCUGGACACUGAUUCCCCUGCCAUGGAGAGCAACGGGGAUGCUUUUCUUCCUGACCUUCCUGUUCUAGGCCAAGCUGCUGACUGGUCCCUGGACCAGGUGGCUCCAGAACCACUCACCAACAUCUUGCCUGAGGACUCAGAUGCGUCCCAGGAUGCUUCAGGGCUUCAGCAGCAACCAAACCAGCAGAUGAAUUCCACAGAGCUGGGAUCUGUGGAGAAGGCUGUGGAGCACUUUCAACUUGCCAGUGCUCAGCUCUUCCGAGAAGAGGAGCCACCACAGCCCGCUGAAGAAGCAGAGCAGCCAUCAGAGCACAACACAGAGUCUGUGGACUCUCAGCAACACAGCCAGGAGAUGAGUUUAGAGCCACAGGUUGCUGGACAGGAUGGCAGUCAAGAUGAAACUGAAGCGCCACAGGUGACGGAGGAUGGCAUGGAGCUGGAAGAACCAUCCAAAGAGACAUCAGAAGAACUGGCUGUUCCUACGGAGCCACAGCUGCCCAGCGAGUUUGAAAAACUCUUUAAAGGCUGUGAGGAGAACCCAGAAGACUUCAAUGGUUGGGUCUACUUGCUGCAGUAUGUGGAGCAAGAGAAUGUCCUUACAGCUGUGAGAAAGGCAUUUGAUGUUUUCUUCCUCCGCUAUCCCUACUGCUAUGGCUACUGGAAGAAGUAUGCUGAUAUAGAGAAAAAGCAUGGCAAUGUACAGGUCGCAGAGGAGGUAUACAGAAGAGGCUUACAGGCCAUCCCUCUCAGUGUGGACUUGUGGCUGCACUACCUGACCUUCAUCAAAGAGAACUCCGACCUCACUGACCCAGAGACUGAGGGGCGCAUUCGAGGUGCCUAUGAACAUUCAGUGCUUGCGGCAGGCACAGACUUUCGCUCAGACCGUCUGUGGGAGUCCUACAUCAACUGGGAGACAGAGCAGCAGAAGCUGGCUAACGUCACCGCCAUCUAUGAUCGCAUCUUGGGCAUCCCAACCCAGCUAUAUUCCCAGCACUUCCAGAGGUUCAAAGAACAUGUGCAGAACAACAACCCCAAACACUUCUUGUCCGAGGAGGAGUUUGUUCAGCUCAGGGUUGAGCUCUCUAAAGCCAGUCUAGCGGCGAUGGUCGGCAGUGAUGGAGACACACCUGCUGCAGAGGAGGAGCUACCACCUGGUACAGAGGAUCUUGCGGAUCCUGCUAAGAGAGUGACAGAGAUCGAGAAUAUGCGCCACAAAGUGAUCGAGGUUCGGCAGGAGGUGUUCAACCACAACGAACAUGAAGUCAGCAAGCGCUGGGCCUUUGAGGAAGGGAUCAAGAGACCAUACUUCCAUGUCAAAGCCUUAGAGAAGACCCAGCUGACCAACUGGAAGGAGUACCUGGACUUUGAGAUUGAAAAUGGGACUCCGGAGCGCGUGGUCGUUCUUUUUGAACGAUGCCUCAUCGCCUGUGCCCUCUACGAAGAGUUCUGGACCAAGUAUGCAAAAUAUCUAGAGAGCUACAGCACUGACGGUGUGAGACAUGUCUACAAGAAGGCGUGUACCACUCAUCUGCCCAAGAAACCAGCCAUCCACCUGCUGUGGGCAGCCUUUGAGGAGCAGCAAGGCAACGUCGAGGAGGCUCGUGGCAUCCUGAAGUCCCUGGAAGCAGCAGUCCCGGGUCUGGCCAUGGUGCGCCUUCGUAGGGUCAGUUUGGAGCGUCGCCACGGUAACUUGGAGGAGGCAGAGGCACUGCUGAGGGAGGCCAUGGAGUCUGCAAAGAAUGCUACUGAGACAUCAUUCUAUGCUGUGAAGCUGGCAAGGCAGCUGAUGAAGGUGCAGAGAAGCCUGAGCAAAGCCAGGAAGGUGCUGUUGGAUGCCAUUGAAAAAGACCAGUCGAGUCCAAAGCUGUAUUUAAACCUGCUUGAGCUGGAAUACAGUGGGGAUGUGACGCAGAAUGAGGCAGAGAUUGUGGCUUGUUUCGACCGAGCCCUACAGAGCCCAAUGCCGCUUGAAUCUCGUCUGCUCUUCUCCCAGCGCAAGGUCGAGUUCCUUGAGGACUUUGGCACUGACAUCAACGUGCUUGUGGCUGCAUAUGAGGAACAGCAGAAACUGCAGAAAGAAAGCGAGCCCACAAAGAGGAAAGCUGAGAACGGUUCUCAGGAACCUGAUGCCAAAAGACAGCGUGUGGAUGACGGUUCUUCUGCUGCAGCAAACACAAUGACAGACAUGCAGGCAAACAACUCUGCAUACAACUACAACUGGUACCAGCAACAAUAUGGCGGUUGGGGACAGAAUUCCUGGGGGCAGUACAACCAAUAUGCCCAGUAUAACCAGUACUACCCCCCUCCUCCUACAUGAUUGACAGAAAUGCUGACAUGAAGAUGGAGACUCAGAGGAAAUCAUUCUUUCUGACCUGCCUACAUCUCUGAACAGGACUUCUUAACAGGGUGUCAUGGAGAUUUCAAUUCAACCACUGACUACACAAGCUGAUUUGUUCCUUCUUUCCAAAUUAGAGUGUGCUUAUCAGUUAAAUUACAUUUUAUAGCUUUUGGUUGGAGUAUAAUAGACUUGGCCCCUCCAUGGCAGUCAUGUUGACCAGUCAUGUUGUUUAAAAAAAGUUUAAUUACCACAUUCAUCAUCUCCAACACUGGCUGCUUUUUGGGGUUGUUAAAUGCAUGUUAUUUGUAAAGGCAGUUACUUUUCCCUGUGUGACAGAAGCUUUUUGAUUUUUAGAUCGGAUGACUUAGUUUGGUCUCUUUCUUUGUGUUUAAGAUUUAAACUUGUAAAGGAGGCAGUCACUGAUGUACCUCUGAGUCAUAUGUUUCCUCUUCCCAAACUGAAAGAUUUUUAAUAUUUCAUGGUUAUGUUUCCAUAAAAACAAAUGAAGAGUUCCUCGUUUUUUUAUUUUGACUUGAUUUCAUAAUAAACAGAUUGAUAUCCCGAA